GUACCUAGAGAAUCUGAAUGCCUGGUUUAAGAGAAAGUUGAACAAAGAGGAAUUUGACCUUCAAGCAAGAAAUCUUAUGAAGGAGGAUACUGUUCACCUGCACAACGAGUUUCUCCUCGCUCUGAUAGCAAAGUGCCAGAGUCUUGCCUCAUCUCUUGUUCCUAAAGACACGACCACUGUCAGCAAAAAUCAGAAACCAAGUAAGGUGAAGAAAAGACCCCCAGGUGGACGAGCCAAUCUGCAGCAACGGUUUUGUCCGGCCCAGACGAUUGAUUUUGUCCCUCACAUCACCAGCAAAGCCUUGGAGGAAGGGGCCAGUCCAACACCGCUAGGUUUUGUGGCCCGUGAGGGUCUUCUGCCGGACAGCGCCUUGGUCCACGGGCGCAUGCUGGUGUGUGCCUGGGAGACUGGACUCACUGACGUCAAUGACGCAGCGGUCAAGCUGCUGCUGCUGGCACUGGAGACACAGAUAAAACAUAUCCUGUCCUUGGUGAUCCAACAAAAGAAGGGAUACAAACUGAGAGAGCGACGUUUUACGUAUGCUGCAGGGGUCGGGGUUCCCAUUCCGUACUUUCGGAGAACGCCUUCGGUAGAGGAUCCUAGUCAUGAAAGCGAAGCCACAACUGUCACUGCCAAGUUCCACCACGCCCCGAGUCUGCGACCUUCACCCAGUGUGGCAGAGGACAUGGCGGUGCAGCAGGAUGCACUAGGGGAGAGCACUGCUGCUGACUACAGCGAGCCCAUUUCUUUGUUCGACCUCCGAGACACCUUAAUGCUCCAUAAACAGUCUAUAGCGUCGCACGCUGUGUGCGCCCCGACCUUAGAGCGUGUCCUUCACUCCCAGUGGCACCCCAGCCAGGAGGACAUGGACCAGGAGGAUGUCCACGCGCAGGAGGUGGUCCUCAAGCGGAAGCUGGCUGCUCAGGGAGACUUCCACAACAGUUACUCUGCAGACUUACCCCCGGCCACUGGCAUGUGGUGAAGGCACCCCCUCCCCCCCCCAUAUGUCAUUCCUAUGGAAUUGGCUUGAUGGUGCAGAUUGUUUGCCUGGGAAAAAGAAGUCUGAAUGGUGCUAAUUGGUUGCUUAGAUGAAAGAAGACAUGUGAUUGGCUGAAAGAUUGUAAUGAGGGCAAUGCUCAUUGAUUGUGAGAUUACGAGAAUAAGGCUGAUUAAGUGUGAGAUAUGGUGUAAAAAAUUUUGAUUGCUCUAGGUUUGUAUGGACAGAGCUUACAGGUUUUGAGAUACAGUGGAAUCCUGUUAUAACGAGUGGGAGAGUACCGGUGCGAAAUGUCCGUUAUAAAAGGAAAAUUCAAGGGAAAUAAUAAAGUAGGCCUAAUCUA